CGAGGUAGAACAGCUGCGAGCAGCAACAAACAAGCCAGGCCAGCGGAUACAUAAACAAGCUGCAACCCGCUACAACCCCUCGGAGCCAAUACCGAACCACCACCACCACUACUUGCACCACCCAACCACCAAUAACAACAACGGCAGCCCAUCUGUAACCGAAAACCUCCGCAGUUAAUAUUACUAUUCCUAACGAAAUCCGCUAGCUCCGUCAACAUGGCACUGGACUUUGUGGCUACCUAUAAGGUUCUGGUGCUGGGCGACUCAAAUGUGGGCAAGACCUGCAUAGUGCACAGAUAUUGCGAUGAGAAAUACUACGACACAUACAUCUCCACCAUAGGCAUAGACUUCAAGCAAAAACUGAUUAACCUCGAUGGCGUGCCUAUAAAGUUGCAAAUUUGGGACACGGCAGGCCAGGAGAGAUUCCGGACACUGACCACGGCAUACUAUAGAGGUGCCAUGGGCAUUCUUCUCAUGUACGACGUGACCAACCUGGAGAGCUACAACAAUCUGUCAUAUUGGUUGCGCAACAUCCAGGAGAAUGCCUCGCCGGACGUGGUCAAGGUGCUGGCAGGCAACAAAUGCGAGUGCUCCACCACCCAACGCAUGGUGGACAAGGAAAGGGGUGAAAAGAUUGCCGAAAACUUUGAUAUGCCCUUCUUUGAGGUGUCUUGCAAAUCGAACAUAAAUAUUGAAGAUGCAUUUUUGUCACUGGCCCGCAAAAUCCGAGAACAAAGAGAGCGGCGGGGUGACAACUUCGACAACGACGAGAGCAAAGACAAGAAAUCACCUGGCUCCAAUGGCUUAGGAACCUUCAGUCUCGGCAGUCUUUCCGGCGAGAAUCGCUGCACUUGCUAAAUACUCAUCGAUGGAUUAUAUGAUGCGAUCGCAACCGCAAACCGCAAAACCUGAACAAGUUGUCCAAAGCUAUUUGAGCGUUGUAGCAUUGUAGCCAAGUUCGUGAAUAGGCCAACAUUUAAAUGCAAACCAGUUGAGGGGCUGCCUGCAUUGCAUUCUACAUUAUGUAUGUAAAGCGUUCAGAUUGUGCAUUUUAAGGUACAUUUAGUCCAAGAGAAGAUAGCAUAAAUAUUUUAGCAUAUUCCUGCAAAUACAUAACGGUCGAUUAUACAUGCAUAUUGUCUCGAUUCCAAUAAUUAUAAUCUAAUGCUAAAUACAUUUAUACUCAUAAGAA